AGAAAACAACAUGGCGGACGGUGAAGAAGAAAGCACGUGUACUUUCUCUGGUUUGGGAUUAAAUAAAUGGCUUGUAAAUCAGUGUGAUGCUGUAGGAAUAAAAAGCCCGACAGAAAUUCAACAGAAGUGCAUACCACCGAUCUUAGAGGGACGAGACUGCAUUGGAUGUGCAAAAACCGGUAGUGGAAAGACCGCGGCUUUUGCUCUUCCUAUUCUUCAGAAAUUAUGUGAAGAUCCUUAUGGCAUUUUUGCUGUGAUUCUUACUCCUACCAGGUAAGGGCUCUUGAUAAAAUGAAAUUCUUGACAGUUUUGGUUACUGGAAUACAGAAAUGAUAAUAGAACACCUUUAUAAUUAUUAUUUAUGCUUAGAGUUUAAUUGCAUGUAUAAUUCUUUCCUAUUUUCUUAUUUGUUUAACUUUUUUCCAACUCGCCACGAUCCUUACCUAAAUAAACAGUAACUGUUAGUUCCCUCUUAAGCGACCAGUCUUGAUGCCAGAAAUAGUGGCUGCUUUAGGGAGUUGGUGGCUCAAGAAAAAAAUCAAGUCAAUAAGCCAAAAAGGGCAGCCAAAAACUGUAUGGAUCCACAUAUAGUAACUGUUUAUCGCCAUAAUAUUGUUGUCCAUCGUAGUAUACAGAGUGAGUGUCAAACUUGAUCCCAGUAAAUGGCUUUUUUGUCUACCGUAUCCCAGAUCUAAAGUAAAGACGUUCAACAACAAACUCUACUGUCUUUAAUAAAAUUUAUUAACUCAUUCACCUCUGAACGGCCCAUAACCAACCGGGAAGAUCCAUGUCCCUUUUUCUGCUUGUCUCCUAACUUGUGCAGGGUAAAGAGAUCUUUCCAUCCAUUCCAGAAUGAGCACAAUUCAGUUGAGGAGACUGGAGAAAAAGGCAAAAACCAUGUAAUAUUGACGCGAAAAUUUCCACGAUAAUCUUGUUUCACUACCUACCUACCUUUCCUUUGAUCUAAGCCUAAGAUCAUAAAAGCAUUGCCAAAACCUUUUCCCACAAGAAUGAAACCUACUAAAUGCCCAGCAAAAGAAAAAAAAAUGACUGAGGCAAGAAAAGUGAAAGAAGAGGGGAGGAGAGAAAGCGAAAACAAAAAGUCAAGACUGAUGUGUCUCGAAAUUUUUCUUUUCUGUGCAUGCCCGAUCUUCGCAAGCUAAUAUUUUGCAUCUGGAUUAGCAGGCCGCAAAGUGUAUGACCUGUAAACAACUUUGUGGUACGUUUAAGCUCUUUAUAGCCAGACAGUGACUAGAAAACUGCUUGACUAGCUUCAAAACACAUUUUUUGGCAAAAUUACUAGGGUCAAAUGGCUCAAGCAAAGUACCAGGUUUAUUGAGAAAAUCCACUUUUCAGCAUAACCAAGUCUGGCCGUUUAAUGCCAACUCCUAUUUUAAAAAAAUCGACAAAAGGCCAUUUGUAGAUUUUUUGAUUAAAUAAGGGCACUUACCCCUAGUAUCGAAUCCCAUCAGAGCUCAUUAUUCUGUCCUUUACUCAUGAUGAGCAUUACAUCUUUUCCAUUUUAGGGAACUUGCCUAUCAAAUUUGUGACCAGUUUCGAGUACUUGGGAAACCCAUUGGCUUAAAAGAAGCAGUCAUCAUUGGUGGCCUUGAUAUGAUGAAGCAAGCAUUGGCUCUUGCCAAGAAGCCUCAUGUUGUCAUAGCAACACCUGGGCGACUUGCUGACCACCUUAAGAGCACAGACACAGUUCACCUCAAGAGAAUCAAGUUCUUGGUUCUUGAUGAAGCCGAUAGGCUUUUGGAUCCUUCAUUUGGCGAUGAUUUGCAAGUCAUAUUUGACAAUGUUCCAAGUGAAAGACAGACUUUGUUGUUUAGUGCUACGUUGACAGACACAUUACAGGAGCUGAGGGAGCUGUCUCCUAAUGAACCUUUCUACCAUGAGGUCAAGUCUGAGUAAGUUACAGGAAAAUAAUUCUGUCAGUUCUGUUAGCAAAAUGCAUGACUAUAGUUAAGUAAUUUGUAGAUAAUAAGCUUCAAUGGAAAACUUGGAUUUUAACACCCUCACAUGUUAACUGCCUGUUACAAUACCACCGGCAUUUUUCCAUGUCCUUUUUACCACUUAUGACAUUACAGGGUCCGAAAUUAACUUUUUAAUACGAGCGCCAACUGGCAAUCAAGUAUAAAUUCCCCCUCCCUUUUUUUUCAAAUAAAAGUUAAAACAUGAAUAAAAAAUGCAUCGUAUGGAGGUUUUUGUGCUUUGCACUACUUCCGCUCCCGAUAUCAGAAAGCAACCGUACGUGUACGAGUGAAGUCUUAUUUUUUCCACAAAUUACUUUUUGGAGAUAUACAUGUAAAGCUAUCUGACCUAGAACGUAGGAACACAAAACUGUCUGUUUAUGACUGUACUUGAUCAUAUCAAAACUCUAUUACCACGAAACAUAGCUGCCAUGUUGCUUGUACCAGGCCACAACUGAGCCACAUUACUCGUACCAGUCCACAAAGUACUUAAUGUAGUUACCGUAUUUCAGCUGAAAACAACAUGGCGGAUUGGAAACGUUCAACUCAGUAUUGAUCGUAGCUGUUGUGGGGGUAUUAUUACAGGAAGAUUCGUUUCACUUUUAAUUUAAAAAUAUCAGCAGGACAAAAAGUAAGACAGCUGUUGCAAAUAGCUUCGAGGUUUCAAUUCUUAAUCAGUUUCUCCGAACGUUUAAGUCCACAAUAAAAACCAGUUUUACAAGUCGCUAGCUGGCGACCAGCUAUGAAAUUCUGGUCGCCAGGACUAAAGUUUUAGUCGCACUGGCGACCAGGAAGGCGCAAUUUCGGACCCUGCAUUAUUGGUUUCAGUGGUUAAAAGCAACUUUGAAACCCAACUUGUACAUCUUUCAAACCAUAUGAGGAUGAUUCAGUCAAACAGGUGAGAAAAAAUACUACAAAUCAUGUGACUGAGAAUAAUAUUAGGCUGAUUUAGCAACAAAGCAGGAACAUCAGUUGAUGACAAGAAAGUGUGCAGAAAGGACGAAACACAACUUCCGGAACCCAAUUUGUCACUCUGCCAUUGAUGAAGCCAGUUUUUUUAUUUGGGCAUGCCAUCAUCACUGCUGUUGCAUUGGCUUUGCUAAAUCUGCCAAUCAUUAUUGAUGUAUAGUCAGUGACACAGUUGACUCAGAAAAACAAAUCCGGGUCCUCUGAACACGAUUUAAACCUAUGACCUUCUAGUUACCAGUACAGAUGCUUUACCACAAAGUUAUGGCAACAUCAAUGCGCAUCUUCUCCACACUCCGCAUCUUCGUCGCCUGGUUAGCUCAGUUGGGAGAGCGCAGGUCUGCUGAGCGGGAGGCCAUAGGUUCAAACCCCGUCCGGACCAACACUCAGGGUCUUUAAAUAACGGAGGAGAAAGUGCUGCCUUUGUAAUAACAUCUGCAAAUGGUUAGACUUUCUAGUCUUCUCGGAUAAAGGACGAUAAACCGUAGGCCCCGUCUCACAAGCCCUUGCACAUGUAAUAAAUCUGUGGGACAUUAAAGAACCCACACACUCUUCGUAAAGAGUAGGGCACGUAGUGCCCGGUGUAGUGGUCUAUUUCACUUUCACACUCAUGUAUGGGGGCAUCAUCACUCAUUCCUUCAGUACUUGUAAACUGCACCUUAAGCAGUCUGGCAAAGUCCCCCAACCAGUGUUGUAAAUUAUCCCUGAAAAGCCCUGAAGGGAGUGGAUAAUAAGAUAUUUACAAUUUACAAUUUACAAUUUACACUGUUCUUCAUACAUUCCUUAUGGUACUGCUUGAGAAAAUUUGUUCUAACAUCACAACAUUUGAUCUCUCAUGAUCAUUUCAUUAAUUCUCAUUACCUGUCUGUUUGAUCAGACAGUGUUAUUGUUGGGAGAAAUUGAAUGUGGGUCACUAUUGGAGCUUAAAGGGUUAGAAAAAAACUUUUGUGACAAAUAUCCUGCAUACUGCUUGUACUACAAUGUCAAUAGGUGGCAUACAGUAUUUGCAGUGAUAUAAAUAUGAUACAGAUCAUGCCACUUUGACCAGAAAACUUCAGUUCAAAUCUUGCCUCACUACCACCUGUACUUUUCAUGAAAAUUCUUUCCUGCUGAAAUAAAGCCUGGUGAAUGACCACUGAAAGAAAAAAAUUCAAGGCAACUAAAGCAAAAAGGUGGGGGAAGAGAGAAAGUGAAAAUGCAAAUUUUUGUAUGCUUUACAUGCCUGAACUUUGAAAACUGUAGUUUAGUUUAGGAGCAAACGCCCUCAUAGUGCCUGACUUGGCAACAAAAUUUUGGGUGGUUUUGCUUCUGUUUGGCCUGUUAGUGCCCAGAAAUGAGCUUGAGCAGCUUCAAAUGGCAAUAUUUGGUAAAAUUUCCCCUUUAGCUUAUAAUCAAGAAAUUUAGGACCACCCACAAACAAAGACUUAAGACCUGUAAAACUUGACAACUUUUCUUGUCAGUUGUUCAGCAAUUUCAUUGCUCCACUGUGAGACAAUUUGCAUGAGACAUUUCCUAGUGUACUACAACCUACGUUUUUGCAUGGACAAGGAAAAAUCUUGCUAUAGAAACUUUGCAAGAGACCAGCUGUCACACUCGGAAAUUCUUCAUGUGACCAACAGCCAUGCCUAAAGCAUGGAAUAGGCCAUUUUACAGUUGUGGGCUAAGUGUUCUAGCCUUUAAGUGAACAUGAGGCUGAGGUUGACCUUGUUUUGAUACAAACCUCCUUUUCUAAUGUAAAUUUUGCUUAAAAAUACUAGUUAUCGUAAGAAAAACAUGGUUAACAUAAUAAAGGAGGAAGGGUUGUAUGAAAGCAAGGUCAACUCCAGCCUUGUUUCCACCUGUAACUGUAAAAUGGGUUAUUGCAAUAUUAUUAUAUGAUGGUAAUCUCAAUUUCUAAUUUCUAUUGAUCAUCCACAACAUUUUCCAACCAAAGGAAAAGGAAAUUUUGUUUGAUUUACUUUUUUUCGCUUUUUUCAGUAUUGCAACUGUUGCAGAACUGGAUCAGAAAUACAUUCUUACGCCUGCCAGUGUGCGAGACAGUUAUCUUGUCUACAUCCUGAGAGAGCAUGCAGAAAAUAAGUCAGUUAUCAUCUUUACACACACAUGUAAGAAUUGUCAGACUCUAGCCAACAUGUUAUGGAAGUGUGAUCUACCCUGUGUUGCUCUCCACUCGCUGAAAUCACAAGGGGAGAGGUUAGCUGGAUUAGCCACGUUUAAAUCAGGACUGGUGAAAAUUCUUGUUGCAACUGAUGUAGCAAGCAGAGGCUUAGAUAUACCUCAAGUUGAGCUGGUGAUUAACAGCAAUGUGCCAGCGUCACCGAAGGAUUAUAUUCAUCGAGUGGGUCGCACUGCGAGAGCAGGGCGUGGCGGAAUGGCUAUAACACUGAUGACCCAGUAUGAUGUAGAUAGAGUUAAACAGAUUGAAGCUACCAUUAAUACAAAGCUUGUUGAAUUUGAAACCAAUGAAAAUGAAGUGCUGCCAUUACUCAGAGCAGUGAUGGUGGCAAGGAGAGAAGCGCAGUUGAAGGUUCGAAGCAGUGCUGUUUUGGAGAAGAGGAUGAUAAAUAAGAGGAAGAAAAUGCUUUUAGAAGGAAAGGAUCCUGAUGUGAAGGCUGUGAAAAGAAAACGAAGACAAAAGAAAUUGACUGAGAAAGUAAAAAACAAGUAAAUUAGGCUCUGAUUCUCC